UGCCCUUAAGUCAUUGCAGCGCUACAGCUCCUGUUAACCAGCCUCGAGGUUCUCGCGAGAUCCGCCUCCUCAAUACCAAGCGCCUGUGUCUGGCAGAGCCGGUGUGAGACGAACAGACAAUCCUUCCCAGCCGUCGGGAUAAUCAAAGAGUUUUGGCCGGACCUUCGAGCACACACCGAGAUAGUGAGGAGCCAGACGAAAAGCACAGACUAUGGCGCUGAAACGGAUUAAUAAGGAACUUAGUGAUUUGGCCCGUGACCCUCCAGCACAAUGUUCUGCAGGUCCAGUUGGGGAUGAUAUGUUUCAUUGGCAAGCCACAAUUAUGGGACCUAAUGACAGCCCAUAUCAAGGCGGUGUAUUCUUUUUGACAAUUCAUUUUCCUACAGACUACCCCUUCAAACCACCUAAGGUUGCAUUUACAACAAGAAUUUAUCAUCCAAAUAUUAACAGUAAUGGCAGCAUUUGUCUCGAUAUUCUAAGAUCACAGUGGUCUCCUGCUUUAACUAUUUCUAAAGUUCUUUUAUCCAUUUGUUCACUGCUAUGUGAUCCAAACCCAGAUGACCCCCUAGUGCCAGAGAUUGCACGGAUCUAUAAAACAGACAGAGAUAAGUACAACAGAAUAUCUCGGGAAUGGACUCAGAAGUAUGCCAUGUGAUGCUACCUUAAAGUCAGAAUAACCUGCAUUAUAGCUGGAAUAAACUUUAAAUUACUGAAAAAAAAAACAAAAAA